UCUAGGCACAUUUUGAAGACAGUUGCCCUGGGGCAGAUGUUGUCCUUGUGCAUUUGUGGUACAGCUAUCACCAGCCAGUAUUUGACAGAAAAGUAUAAUGUCAACACCCCCAUGUUCCAGAGCUUUCUCAACUAUUGCGCGCUCUUCCUGAUUUACACAGUGAUGCUAGCCUUUCGGUCAGGCAGUGAUAACCUUUUGGACAUCUUGAGGAGAAAGUGGUGGAAGUACAUCCUACUGGGACUGGCAGACGUGGAAGCUAAUUACCUGAUUGUCAGGGCGUACCAGUACACGACUCUCACCAGCGUCCAGCUUUUGGAUUGCUUUGGGAUUCCUGUGCUGAUGGCUCUCUCGUGGUUUGUUCUUCGUGCGAGAUACAGGGUAAUCCACUUCAUCGCAGUGCUUGUCUGCCUGCUGGGCGUGGGAACCAUGGUCGGCGCAGACAUAUUGGCAGGGAGGGAAGACAAUUCAGGGAGUGACGUGCUGAUCGGUGACAUCUUGGUCCUGCUCGGGGCGUCCCUCUAUGCCGUGUCUAAUGUGUGCGAAGAGUACAUUGUGAAGAAACUGAGCAGACUGGAAUUUUUAGGAAUGCUGGGCUUAUUUGGGACAAUUAUCAGUGGCAUACAGCUAUUGAUUGUGGAGUACAAGGAUAUGGCCAGCAUUCAUUGGAACUGGAAAAUUGCCCUGCUGUUCGUGGCGUUUGCCCUCUGUAUGUUUUGCCUGUAUAGCUUCAUGCCACUGGUGAUCAAAGUCACUAGCGCAACCUCUGUCAACCUGGGCAUCCUGACAGCUGACCUCUACAGCCUUUUCUUUGGACUCUUUCUGUUUGGCUAUAAGUUCUCAGUUCUUUACAUCGUGGCCUUCACAGUCAUCAUGCUGGGGUUUGUCCUGUACUGCUCCACCCCGACGCGCACGGCGGAGCCAGCGGAGAGCAGCGGCGUGCCCCAGGUUACCAGCAUUGGCAUCGACAACCUGGGCCUGAAGCUGGAGGAGAGCGGGCUCCCUGAGACCCAGUCUGCAGCGCUGUAGCCAGAGGAGCUGCGCCUGGUGGAGGCUGAGGGGUGGGCUUGGGGAGAUGCUGGCGUGGGACACACCCCGGGUGAGGUCUCGGAGAGCAGUGCUGAGCAACCUGCCUGGAGCAGAAACAGCAAAGCAGCACCUGGGGCCAGGAUCAUGGUUCCUCAGCGUGGAGGGGGCUCCCCACUGGGGCAUCAGAGGGAUGCAGGAAAAAGCGGAUGAGGAGAUGGGGAGAUACCCAGCCUCGGGCAGGGGCUGAAAGCAGGCUUCCCCGGGGAUGCUGGGGGUUGUGUGGACAUUCCCACUGUGGCGAACUUUUGGGUUUUUGUUCCACCAGGGCAGUCAUUGCCCGCAGGUCUCUGGUAACAGUGAAAUGUGAUCACUGCAUACAGAAGGAAAAAUUGGGGGAUGACGGGAGCGAGAGGUCUUGGGGUGUAAGAGUGGCAACUGGAAAUACUGAAUGAGUGGUGUUGCUUCGGAGCUCUCUCCCAGCGGUUUUCUUUUUCCCAUCCUACCUCUCCUCUUUUUAAAAGUAGAUCUCCUCCAACACCCCCCGCCCCUAUCCAGCCAGUCAUUCCAGAUAUAGAGCAAAUGCUGCCCACAAAGUCUGUGACCUGGACUCCUCCCACUUUCAGCCCCACACUAGGUUCCCCCAAGAUUUUCUCCGACCUGGGUAAAUGUGUGGGUGCCUCCCUUCUCAGAAGUUCUCAUGACUUCCGGGUUCUUUUCCUGUUGAUUUCAUUUUAUUAAUUUUCAGCUCAGAAAACUUCAGUCUUAUUACACAUUAUCACAUUACAGAGAAAGCCUUGUUCUAGAACUGGUAGAAAGAAACAGAAACCCCAAAUUAAUUAUUUCUCGGAGAAGAGUUGCCCCAGAGCACUAGAAGGCCCCAGCUGUUAAAAAGACAGGACGCUGCUUCUUAGCACAUGUCUGCGAUGCCACAGGAUUUCUCCAACACAAAGCAUUCAUAUGUAGCAUCAGUGUAGUACUAACCACAGUAUGCCAUUCUGGGACACUCAACUUUGUAAAUUUUUUGUAGUAAUAAAUUGUAUGGGUUCAUAUGAUUAAAAGACUUUGCAUUUA